GCCAGCGAGCAGACUUGGCUCACUUGCUAAGUCAGAUUCAUAACUCACUUCACAGCAUAGUGAUAGCAGCAGUUGAAAGACAAGAUGGGGAACAGCAAAACAACCCAAUGCCAGAAGAAAGAGAAGCAGGAGAAAGAGAAAUGUUAUGACCCCGGAGACAAGACGCUCAAGUUUGUGAACAGAGAUGACGACAUUAUUGGCGGGGUUAUAUAUGAGUCUCUGAGGGCAGAGAUGUCCUGUGGUCAUGCUGUCACCCCAGAGUCAUUGACCGGAUGGUGCCUCAGCCUACUCGACAAGAAAAAGUGCACAUUCAUUUGCCCUGCAUCACGUGAAGAUGGUGAAAUGUGUGGUGCGGAGUGGUCUUACACAGAAGUGCGUAAACUGGCUCUUCUGACUCCUGAGGAGAUGAAGAAAUUUGAGGAGACAAUGGCUGACUUGGUUUCAGCCCAGAACUCUUACAAAUCGUGUCCAGGCUGCAACUCAUAUGUUGCAAGGACUGACCUCUCCAACCUGAGAGUCCACUGCACAGUGUGCUCAGCAGAAAAAGGCCAGCUGUACGAGUUCUGCUGGCUGUGCCUGCAGCAGUGGAAAGGUUCACAACAGAGUUCUGACCACUGUGACAACAAUGACUGCAUGACUGAUCUGGAACUGCUGAAGACCUGCCCUACUGUCACAUUUGCUGAUGUCCAGGGGGUCACCGGCUGCCCAUCCACACGUGCCUGUCCCACCUGUGGUGUAUUGUUAGAACACGAUAAGACUGGCUGUAAAAAUAUAGAAUGCAAGAAUUGCAAUAAAGAGUUCUGUUUUGUUUGCCUUAAGCUCACAAUUGAGUGCUUGAAGACCAGCAAAUACUUCAUAGGCUGCUCUGCUGGUGUGGCCCCCAGGCAGACUUCUAUACCCUCAUGGAGUGAUAAAUAAAGAUUUUAUCCAGGUGUACCACUUUCCUUCCUACGAUCACUUGAAUUACUUACACGGAUGCAGAACAGGCAUAAUAGCACAGAAAUUGGCAUGUAUUAACACAAAAAUAUUAUUGAAAAUGUCAAUGUAUUGGUACCUAACUCAAAUUAUGUAUAAAGUCAAUAUGUGCGUAGUAAUACAUGUGUAAGAAUGUGUAAUAAUGUAUUAGAUUCUAUAAUGUUUUAUGAUUAACAAUCCAUAUACUACUGAUUAUUAUCUGAUCUAUUUCUGUUGUUUUAUCUGUGCCUGAAACAAAAAGAAAAACGCAAAUAGAAAUAAUAAUAAUUUCAAAAAUGUAAUCAAUGGUCAACAGAAAUGUUUGCCCCCUUAAAAUAACCUGGAUGUUUUAGAAAAAGUUUUAUGAAUGCGGUUGUUGUAUGAGACAUACAUUUCUGAUAAUAUUUCUAUAAUCAUGUUAUUGUCAACCCUAACCCUAGGUAUUGUUCAAGGGGUCCUCUUCUAAAUAUGUUACCAGUAUUGUGAUAUUGUUUCCUUUAUCAAUGAUUUCCCACUGGGUACAAGAACAAUGAAUCAUCAAACAAAUACACAUAUUUAAUUAUAGUUAUAUAAUAAUGAUAAUAAUGAUAGUAUUAACAGAAAUGAUAGUAAUAAUAACACAUUUAAUUUGUAUAGCGCUUUGCAUGACUCAACCCUUUUACAUAAACCAGCCAAACAAGAUCACAUGAUCCUUGGUGUCCACAUCACCAACAAACUAACAUGGUCCAAGCAUACCAAGACAAUUGUGAAGAGGGCACGAUAAAACCUAUUCCCCCAUAGGAGACUGAAAAGAUUUGGGUGGGUCCUCAGAUCCUCAAAACGUUCUACAGCUGCACCAUAGAGACUGGUUGCAUCACUGCCUGGUAUGGCAACUGCUCAGCCUCCGACCACAAGGCAAUACAGAGGGUAGUGCGAACGGCCCAGUACUUCACUGGGGCCAAGCUUCCUGCCAUCCAGGACCUCUAUACCCGGCGGUGUCAGAGGAAGGCCCUGUUAAUUGCCAAAGACUCCAGCCACCCUUGUCAUAGACUGUUCUCUCUGCUACCACACGGCAAGUGGUACCAGAGCACCAAGUCUAGGUCCAAGAGUCUUCUAAACAGCUUCUACCCCCAAGCCAUAAGACUCCUGAACAUCUAGUCAAAUGGCUACCCAGACUAUUUUCAGUGCCCCCCCACCACCUCUUUACACCACUGCUACUCUCUGUUGUCAUCUAUGCAUAGUCACUUUAAUAACUCCCAUGUACAUACUACCUAAACUAACUGGUGCCCCCGCAUAUUGACUCUGUAUCGGUACCCCCCUGUAUAUAGUCUCGCUAUUGUUAUUUUACUGCUGCUAUUGAAUUACUUGUUACUUUAAUCUCUUAUUCUUAUCCAUACUUUUCUGAAACAGCAUUGUUGGUUUGGGGCUCGUAAGUAAGCAUUUCACUGUAAUGUCUACACCUGUUGUAUUCGGCGCAUGUGACUAAUAAAAUUUGAAUUGAUUUGAUAUGAUGAAACAA